AUGUCAUCGGUUAUUGUGGUAAACAACGAAUUAAAGGAUUCUAUCCAGGAGUAUGCUCAGAUCAUAGAUGGAGCUACUGGUAAUACCGAUUUGAGCAAAGCAGUCGAUGCGCAUUUGCCAAAGACACUCGAUCAAGCAGAGAUCACCAACAAGGAAGAAUUGGUUCAAAAGAUCAAGGCAGCAUCUUCAAAAGAGACUUUGGCCAAACUUACCGACAAGGAGUUUGAGCCCACAAUAUAUUUGUUAAUCCACAUCUUGGCACUGUUGUCUUCAAUGGAGGCCGUCUUGGACGAUGAAAGCUCACCUAUUUACAAAUUAAUCCUUGAUAUUAAUCCAACACAACCUUUAUCAAUUAGAGAUAGAAAAUCCAUCAAGUCUUCAUCUAUAUUGUCGAUUUUGAGCACAAUCUUCAAUUUGCUUCCAAGCACUUCGAAGGUGAGGGUUUCUGUUUUGAAAACCAUUUUGAAUGUAUUGAAGACUUCGGGUGUAGAUUUCCAAAGUGUUGAAGAUAAUUUGGGUGCAAACAUUGUCAACUGGUUGAAGUCAAGCCAGGCACAAGAUUCUGAGAUUGAAACCAUCUUUUGGGAAUUUAUCAACUUGGACACUUUUUUCUCACAAAAAUCAUUGCAAUUAAUCAAAGAGUUUACACAUGUUUACCCUGUUUCGGCGAAUGAGCUUAACCAAUUGAUUGAGUUUGCUUUGAGGUCUAAAGUUGUUGAUGUUUCAUUUUUGGUCAAUAAUAAUGUCGCAGAAGCAUUGAAAAAAGCAUUGCCAUCUUCUUCCGAUGCUUUGCCCCAGUUGUUUUCCAAAUAUGUUAAAGGUGAACUUAUAGCUGUUGAUGAUAUUCCUUCCAACCUACCAAAAGAAUUCAUCCAUCAAAAAUCGAAAAUCUUGAGUUUGGCCAAGUUUUUUGCUGAGAAUUCCACACAGUCAUCUGAGCAUAACCAGAUUAUAUUUACAUAUAAGGAGAUUCCACUUGUAUCUAACCACUUGGAGUUUGAGGAGUUGUUGAUUGAAGCUAUCAAAGCAGGUGUGAUUGAAGGUAAGUUGAAUCAAAUCGAUGAGACUUUUAGUUUAAGCAGAGUGAACAGAUUCAUCAUUGCUGGAGAUGAUACCGCGAUUGCUCAAGGUUGGGAGAGUAUUAGACAAGCUUUACAACAAUGGUCGCUGUCUCUUAACAAUGUUGAUGAAAUUGUGAGACAGACGAGAGAGCAAAUUGUUAAUGGUGGAUCAAAUUAA